ACACAACACAAUCAUCGAUACAUUGUUAUUGCUUGAGAAAAAUUAAUGGAUCGCUGCAUUCCAUUUAAGAGAAGCAAGAGCUGGUUUAUAGACUUCCAAUAUGACCCAAUAACGGACAAGACGGUCGAAGUCCGAAACAUUCUGUUGAUAGUUGCAACUCUAAUUGCAGCAGUGACUUUUCAAGCUGGGGUUAACCCUCCCGGUGGGGUUUGGCAAGAUAAUACGAAUCACGCUUUAUGUGAAGCAAAACGUGCUCAAGGGAAUUGGACAGACCCUCCAUGUGAUAAAUCACAUGUUGCAGGGACGGCCAUUUACGCGUCUCAAACAGACCCCUUCUAUGUUUUCUUGGUUUUUAACACUGUGGCACUUUCCACUUCGGUUCUUGUCAUUAUGUCUCUCACAUAUAACUUCCCUUUCCAUUUAGAAGUAUUUAUUGCCACAGCUUCAAUGCUUGUAACUUACGGAUCGGCCAUAUUUUCCGUCACACCUCAUGAAUCUCAUAGAUUUCGGUACGUCCUGACUGCAGCUGCUUUUCCUUUUGUGCUACGAGGUUUGAUUUAUAUGGUCAAGUUCAAAGCACAUGCAGAUCAAGAACAACAGAUCAAAAAUUCAGAACAAGAGAAUCUGUGUGACAAAUGUAGAAGUGGGAAUUUCUGCAUAAAAUGUAGAGAGGAGAUUCCCAAAAAUUCAGGAAGCGUCUAAGUUUGAAUUUCCAUCAGUUGUAUCAAAAAUAAAGUUCAGAAGACGUCUAGCAUGUUUCGAUUCUGUAUUAUUAUGCCAUAAAACUGUCGUGGGACAGCUGCUAUAGCUAUGUACAAAUUUGCAUGGGUCUGUUUGAUUUUGCUUUUU